AUGAAACGGGGAAUGCGUAGGAAAAUUGGUAAUGGUCUGACAACUACGGUUUGGAAGGUGCCAUGGCUCCCUGACUUGCAAAAUGGUUAUCUUACAACCGAAUUAUAUGAGCAGUUGCAGGAUAUUAAAGUGCAGAGUUUGUUAGCUGAAAAUCAGAAGUCCUGGGAUGUUGAAGUUGUUUCAGACUUGUUUACUGAUCGUGAUAAAAAGCUCAUUCUGCAAAUUCCUAUUCCUAUCCGCGACAAAGAGGAUUCCUGGUACUGGGCUCUAGAAGAUAAGGGAGUUUUUUCUGUCAAAAGUUGCUAUAGGAAGAUUCGAGGGGAGUAUGAUUGUGUGGAUCGAGUGUUUUGGAAAAGAGUGUGGGGUCUGCAAUUGCCGGGGAAGAUGCUUAAUUUCUUAUGGAGGGCUAGUGUGAAUGUUCUGCCAACUGCAGUGGCUUUGCAAACUAAAAGAGUUAACGUCAACGCCGAAUGCUCGUGGUGUCAUGUAGCGGUGGAGAAUGCAGUUCAUACGUUAUUUGAGUGCAGCAUUGCUCGAGAGGUAUGGAACUCAGUUGGUCUGCAAGAUGUUUUCCGAGUAAUGAACAAUGAUACGGUCAUGACGGUGCUUAAACGAGCCAUUAAUAUAGGUACACGGGAUCAGUUUAUCAUGGUAGCAGUGUUGUGUUGGAGUUUAUGGUCGAGAAGGAAUAAAUGGGUGUGGGAAAAGGUGAAUACAUCGGCGUUUGGAAUUAAAGCAAUGGCUUUAAAUCUGGUAGCUGAUUGGAGAAGAGCUAGACAAAAUGAUGAAACAACCCGAGGUACAAGUACUGGGCACCGUAAAACAUGGAUAAAACCACCACAUGACUGGAUUAAAAUUAAUGUUGACGCAGCUUAUCGUGUAGGAGGGGAUAGUAUUGGUGUUGGGUGUGUGGUCCGUGAUAGUACUGGUAAGUUUCUUCGAGCCAGAAACAACCUGAUGUAUGGUACAUCUCAAGUCCGCGAGGCAGAAGCAUGGAGUUUGAAAGAAACUAUUGAGUGGGUGAAAAGCUGGAGAACUACAAAGUGCAUCUUUGAAUCAGAUGCCAAACUACUGGUGGACGCAUUUCAAGUGGAUAGAGGUCGAUCAAAUUUUGAUACUAUUGUGGAAGCUUGUAGUGAUAAUCUUAAACACUUUGAGGAAGUGUUAAUAGUGUUUGCUAGUCAAUCUGCGAAUAGCAUAGCUCAUGAGUUAGCUCGGGCUGCACAUUCUAUGUCAGGUCCCAUGGAGUGGUUUAAUACUGCUCCUGAUUUUAUCUCAUGUAAUAUUGAUUUAGAGUCUCUUUAA